AUGCAAACAGCUGCUAAUAAUAAUGAAAACACAUAUUACUCACAAGAUAUAUCUGGCUUACCAUUGAACACUAUCUCAGACUUAAAUGAAUUUAAUCAGAAAUUAUCUGAAGAUGAAACAUUUCGUAAUAAUUUGAUAAAUCAACUAACAUAUAUAGGAGACAAACAUUUUAAAGCAAUGAUAAAAAGGAUAAUGGCCAAACUCUUUACUGAUGAACUCUUAAAAUUGCUUUCAUAUUCUGGCAAAAAAGGAAAGGAAAAACAAAAUUUUCCCACCAAAUGA